UUUAAAUGUAUAAAUUUGUUUUUUAGAAUAUUAGGAUUUUUCUUUGCUGAUUAAACUCUUAAAUUCUUUCUUUUAUGCAGAUUAAGGGCUGAAGAAAUAUAAUGGGCUAAAUAUGGCUAAUUCUUGAAGCUGCUGUGUGUCAGCGUUGACAAAAAGCCCAAUGUUUUAAUUUUGCUGGCAGAGGAUGAAGAAACAUGAAUUGGGUCAGCGCUGAAAUGGAAAGAAAGAAUCUGCUGAUGCUGAAUGGGCUGAAGUGAAUUGGGCCAGCGCUGAUGGAGUUAAUUUGAAGCCCAUUUGAAGCCCUCUGUGCAGAUUAAGUGAAACGCAGCGUUUCAUGCUGCUAAGAUUUGAAGCAAAUGGAGAUUUUUCUUCCAAUUCUUCUAACUCAGCAGCUAGGGUUUUAGAGAACGCGAGAAAGAAAGGAGAGCUGUGGUUCGUGUCAGUUGCUCAGGAGCGCAAAGCUGUAUCAGACACACGUGUGGGAAGCUGGAUCAGUCAGAUUUACGGUUGGAAGCACGUGCAGAACGGUCGACGGUUGGAGAAGCUUUCAGAGCUAAAAAGCAAUGCUCCUUCAAAUUUGAAGGAUCAGACACACGUGCAAAACGGUCGACGGUGGGAGAAGCUUUCAGA